ACCAAGCUCCCGUUUGGAUGUGGGGAAGCCGGGUGAGAGGAGGAAACGUACGUCUGGCAGACUCCAGACUUCUUAAUCCAGGAGAUCGUCCUGCCUCCUUCUGCCUUCUGUGACAGUGGCUUGAAGGUGGGAGACUGGAUGUGAGUGUGAGAGAGAGAGAGAGAGAGAGAGAGAGAGAGAGGGGAAAAAGAAGUCUCACAGUGACCUGUGACCAGAGCGGUAACACAGACCCUGAAUAUUUCUGCGCACAUGGAUCUGUACAGAUGCACCUUUGUUGGAUGGCUCUUCACUCUGCUGCCAGAUCCCUCUGCCUCAUUCAACAUUGACACGAAAUGGCCAAAAAUCAUCAGAGGCUCUGCAGAAGCGCAGUUUGGAUACACAGUUCAGCAGCAUGAAGCCAGCGGGCAAAAGUGGCUUCUCGUUGGUGCCCCUUGGGCCGGUGUUGGAAAACAGAAGACCGGCGAUGUGUACCGGUGUCCAGUGAAGAACCAGACCAGCUACGGAUGUGGAAAACUCAAUCUAGGAAGGGUAUCUCUCCCUUAUGUAUCAGAGCACAAAGAUAACAUGCGCCUUGGGAUGACUUUAACCAGCAACCCACAAGAUCACUCCUUUGUGACCUGCGGGCCGCUCUGGUCUCACGAGUGUGGAAGCUCCUACUACAGCACCGGCAUCUGCUGCAAGAUCAGCUCCAACUUCAAAAGUGCACGGGCCUUCGCACCAGCCAUCCAGCGCUGCGAGACGUACAUGGACAUUGUGAUCGUUUUGGAUGGCUCCAAUAGCAUUUAUCCUUGGUAUGAAGUCCAGAAUUUCCUGAUAAACAUUCUGAAGAAGUUUUACAUUGGGCCUGGCCAAAUACGGCUGGGAAUCGUGCAAUACGGGGAGACGGCAGUUCACGAGUUUGAGCUGAGGGACUACAAGUCUGUUACAGAUGUGGUCAAAGCUGCACGGAGCAUUGAACAGCGAGGAGGGACAGAGACCAACACGGCUCACGGCAUCGAGAUUGCACGCUCUGAGGCAUUCAGUGUCAGGAGGGGUGCGAGACGAGAGGCCAAGAAGGUGAUGAUUGUCAUAACUGAUGGUGAGUCCCAUGACAGCCCCCACCUGAAACAAGUGAUUGAGGAUGCCGAGCGUGACAACAUCACAAGAUAUGCCAUUGCGGUCCUUGGUUACUACAACCGAAGAGGAAUCAAUCCAACUGACUUCCUAAAGGAGAUCAAAUCCAUAGCAAGCCAUCCGGAUGAGAAACAUUUCUUCAACGUCUCUGAUGAGUCAGCACUGAAGGAUAUUGUGGAUGCCCUUGGAGCUCGGAUCUUCAGACUUGAAGGAACUAAUAUUCAGAAUGAAACAUCUUUUCAGUUGGAAAUGUCGCAAGCAGGAUUUUCAACACAUUUUGUCGAGGAUGGGAUACUUCUUGGAGCUGUAGGGGCCUACGACUGGACAGGUGCCAUCUUAAAGCAAACCAGCUAUGGACGAGUGAUUCCCCCCAGGGAAGCAUAUCUGAAGGAAUUCCCAGAGGAACUGAAGAAUCAUGGAGCCUACCUUGGGUACACUAUUACCUCGGUGAUGCCAAGGUCAGGAAGGCGAUGGUACGUGUCAGGUGCUCCCAGGUUCAACCACACUGGAAAGGUCAUUAUAUUCAUUAUGAGGAAUAAUGGAGAUAUCACAGUGCAGCAGUCGCUGAAGGGACAACAGAUUGGCUCCUACUUCGGAAGUGAGAUCGCUCCAGUGGACGUGGAUGUUGAUGGAGUGACAGACAUCUUGUUGGUUGGUGCCCCCAUGUAUUUCAGUGACGGCAAGGAGAAGGGUAGAAUCUACAUCUACUCUCUCAGCAAGAGGGUUUUCAUUUUCAAUAGUUUUCUGGAAAUUUCCGACACCUCACAGAACUCCCGCUUUGGCUCCGCCAUCGCUGCUGUUCGUGAUCUCAACUAUGAUGCGUUCAACGACGUGGUGGUGGGAGCACCACUGGAAGACGACCACCGCGGGGCGGUCUACAUAUUUCACGGAUACAACAGAAACAUCCUGAAGAGCUACAAACAGAGAAUCAGUGCCUCUGAGGUCAGUUCUGGCCUGCUGUACUUUGGCCGCAGUAUCCACGGACAGCUGGACAUGAAUGAUGAUGGGCUGGUGGAUUUGGCAGUCGGAGCUCUUGGCAGCGCCGUCCAGUUAUGGUCUCGCAGCAUCAUCCAGGUCAAUGCCAGCAUGAGGUUUGAACCACCCAAGAUCAACAUCUUCAACAAAGACUGCAGGAGGAAUGACAAGGAGUGCAGCUGUAUGACCAUCUUCAUCUGUUUUACAGUCACGGCCAAAACACCGGGACUUCAGAACAACACCCUGGCCAUAACGUACAACGUUUCCAUCGACGAGCGAAGAUUCACCCCCAGAGCACUCUUUGAUGACAACUUCGAAAAGUAUAUCCACAGUAACAUCAGCGUGGAGCCAGAGGUGGAAACGUGCGACCAGUUCAACUUCCACGUUCUGGAUACACUGGAUUAUGUGAGACCCAUAGGAUUCAUACUGGACUUCGGCCUCAUCGAUCCCGAAUAUGGCCCCGUUUUGGAUGACGGAUGGCUAACGUCAGCCAAAGGCACGGUUGGCUUCUGGAGCGACUGUGGCGAGGAUGAACACUGCGUGCCAGACCUGUCCCUACGAGCUCGUACUGACAUCUAUGGUAGCAGCCAGUUUCCCUACACUAUUCAGGACACGCGGCGGAGGUUGGUCGUGGACAGCUGGCUGGAGAAUAAGCGGGAGAAUGCCUACAGCACCACACUCAACAUCACUUUCUCCAGGAACCUGCAAUUUUCAAGCCUCACACAGAAGGAUGAUUCCGAUAUGAAAAUUGACUGCAACAUGUUGGAAAACCGGCACCAGAGCAAAGUGUGUGCGGUCGCUUACCCGGUGUUCAGGUCCCAGUCCAAGGUGGCUUUCCGUCUGGAGUUCGAGUUCAGCCAUUCCAUCUUCCUGGACAAUGUGGAACUAAUCGUGACUGCCAGCAGUGACAGUGAAGAAGCAGAAGAAACUCUUCACGACAACACCUACCAUCUCUACGUUCCUGUGCAAUAUGAAGCAGAUAUCCUUCUCACCAGGAAAUCCAGUCCAGAUCGCUACGAUUUGAAAUCAGUGGAAGAUCUGCAGGAAAACGGAGAUUUCGACCCCCCAUUUAACUUCUCCUUCACACUCCAGAAUCUGGGCCAAUUCACCAUUAGACACCUGGUGAUCAGGGUGACCAUUCCCACGGCAACCAAAGGUAACAACCGUCUCCUGAUCCUGAACAACUCCACCAUUCUGGGAGAUGGGAUCCAGUGCCUCGUGACCAGUCAUUCAGAAGCCCAAUACUGGCAGCUCCCUGGACGAAAAGCUUUCGCAGAGGACCUGAGGCACGUUGAGAUGCUGAAUGCAAGCAAUGCUAACUGCGCUCUCCUCAUGUGUGAAGUGAAGAAUUUUAAAACUAAUGAAGAGUACACCAUUCAACUUUCAGGAAGACUCUUGACUGAUUCUCUCAUGAGCCUCAGGUUUGGGUCACUGUUUCUUGUCACCACGGCAACACUGGACAUCCAGGAGCCUAAGGUCAUGUUUGUAAAGGAGGCGGGGAGGAUCCGACAUAUAACACUUCACAUGACCAAGCAGUGGGAGUCUGAGGUACCACUUUGGAUUAUCAUUGGAAGCUCACUAGGAGGGCUUCUUCUGCUAGCAUUGCUCACUCUCGCUCUGUGGAAGCUGGGCUUUUUCCAAAGUGCUUAUCGCAGGAGGAAGGAAUACUUGUCAGCUCCAAAUGGUCACGUUGGGCACUUGAAGAAAACAAACCUCUGAAGACCUGACUGUCGAAGCAAGUGCUAAAGAGAAGAUGUGAAUUUAUUCAUCCAUACUGCGCUCAAUGAGAAGAGGGCAUGAGCAUAUAAUUGCUGUGUGCCCAGGAUCAGCACACCAGACACACCUUCCUGUACUAUUGUUUUCCGUUGACACCUCGCACUCAAUUGGUUUUCUAAGGUGCAAUACACUGUACUCCCCAGCACACACACCCUGUAAGGAAGUAUGUUCUAACAGGGGUGUGAUGCAGUUUACAUUCUUUACUUGGAAAGUUGAACUUUGAUUGACUGUGCUAAAUUUUGCACAGUCACUGUGGAAGUAAAUGAUACUGGUCAAGCCAUUGACCUUUUAAGUUCUGCGUGGGGCCUUGCUAAAACAACAGAAACACGACUUGCAAGAUGCAGUCUUUUUCUACAGAAUACUGGCAAUGUGCCAACUUUGUUUGUGGCUUCCAUUGGAUUUAUUAUGUUAAACUAAGUAACAAUUUUACAGAAUUUGCAGAGUAUGUUUGUUGUUGCUGUUUCAAGUGUGAGGAAGCCACAACCCAGAUAGGUUAUGUAUUCCUCUCCGGUAUUUCUACCACUCUGCACUAGAUAGACACAACACUGAGGGGCAGGACCAGGUAUGUUAUUUCAACAUCCAUCAUUUUGUACACCCAAUUCAGCCCCCACUGCUACAAAGAAAAUAAUCUCAUUCAAGCCAAUUUUCUACUCUUCCAUUGGAGUGGUACUGGAGGAUCUGUGGAUAAAAAAAAUGUGUGAAACAUAACCUUGCUGUUAAUUUGCCUAUCCUGUACUUCAAGCAUUUUCAGUUAUUAAUACAGAUUAUCAAGCAAUCCUAUUUUUUCUCCUGCCCAUUCAGAUAAUGUUAAAUGUAAAGUUCGAGUGAAUAGGGUGAAUGGGUUGAACUGCAAUAAAUUACUUCCAGAUAGCUAAAGCUUCUAAAACUUUCCAGCAAAGUCCAACCAAUAGAAGAUUUUACACUUAAGUUCUCCUCAAAUGUUAAAUAAUCAUACUUGAGUAAAAUUCAUGUGCUUUGGAUAUUUACAGACUCUGUAUUAUAUGUAAAACAAUUCUUAUAUAUGUAAAUAUUUGGAAAGAUUUUGCAUUUAAAAUUCAAAGUGUUGAAUAUUUGUAAUUAUGCAAGACGAUGGACAAUGUGGUUUAUCCAUUGUUUGAGGUUGCUUGUUCUUUUUAUUAAAACGUGAAAAGGGACAGGUAGCUCUUGUCGAAUGCAAUAAUCAGUUCCUAAAUCACACUAUUGCAGAAUAGGCUGUGGUCGCCAUCAAAGCACAAUUGAAGUAGGUUUUCCCAAUCGCAAUAAUAACCAAUACAACCAACAUAAUGCAAAUAGUGUCUAUUAAUCCAACAAUCAUGCCAAUUCAUGCUAUGUUAUAGCAGAACUACCUGCAGAUUACUUAAUAGGAGCACUAGUUGAGAACCUGCAGAGCGCCUCAUCCUUGGGUCGAAGGUUAUAGAAAUACAUUAAGUAAAAUAGGCAGCAAUAUCCUCUGUAACUUCCUUGCUGAUUCCACCAGCAUUUCACUUCUUGCAUCAUCUAAAGCAGGGAUUGCCAACCUGGGGUCCACAGAGCCCUUGGUUAAUGAUAGGGGUCCAUGGCAUUAAAAAUAAGGUUGGAAACCCCUGAUUUGCCAAGAUUUCAAUUGGCAUCAAUUUCAUUUUUUAUGUGCUUGUUGUACCCCAUUCAUACAGAUCAUUUUUCAAAGGCACGGCCGUUUCAAGCUCAUUUUAAACCACUCCAAUAUCAGA